CGCUCCCGGGGGCGUCCAGGCUAGGCCUGCAGCGGGCCGGGGGCGGCGGCAGGAGGAGCCCCCCCACCGGGUCGGGUGCCCGGCUCCGCCGCGGGCGAAGCGGGGCGCUCCUGGGCAUUUGCAACUCACAGGAUCAAGUCUUCGCUGGUGGGGCCGCCUCUGCUAGGGAAGCUGCUGCUGGCAACCCCAGGCAGCCAUCAGGCCUGGAUAUUAGGGCCCCUGCUACCCGCUAGGUGGCCAGAAGAGUUCUCCACCUGCCCUCACUUGGAGCCCCGGCCCGCCUGGCCCCGCUCACUGCCAGACCCUGGCAUGUCAAGGCCUGGCCUGUGCCUGCCUGCCCAGCCCGCAGAACCCCGGUGGCCGCGCGAGCUAGGAUGAGGGGCCAGGCCGCUGCCCCAGGCCCGCCCUGGAUCCUUGGCCCCCUGCUGCUGCUGCUGGGGCACCGGCUGUGUGCGGCCUGGGGGGCCGAGCCGUGUGCCACUCUGGUGCAGGGCAAGCUCUUUGGGUACUUCUCUGCGGCUGCUGUGUUUCCUGCCGACGCCUCACGCUGCUCCUGGACCCUGCGCAACCCAGACCCGCGGCGCUACACGCUCUACAUGAAGGUUGCCAAGGCACCCGCGCCUUGCAGCAGCUCCAGCCGCAUCCGCACCUACCAGUUCGACUCCUUCCUGGAGUCCACGCGCACCUACCUAGGCAUGGAGAGUUUUGACGAGGUGCUACAGCUGUGCGACCCCUCAGCGCCCCUUGCCUUCCUGCAGGCUGGCAAGCAAUUCCUGCAGAUGCAGCGCCUGCAGCCUCCCCAGGAUGACGACCCUAGGCCCCCUCGGGGGCCCCCAGGCCCCAGCGAUGACUUCUCAGUGGAGUACCUGGUCGUGGGCAACCGCAGCCCCAGCCGCGCUGCCUGCCAGAUGCUCUGCCGCUGGCUGGAUGCCUGUCUGGCUGGCAGCCGGAGCUCGCACCCCUGCGGCAUUAUGCAGACCCCCUGUGCCUGCCUGGGUGGUGACACCGGCCAUCCUGCCAGUGGCUCGCUGGUCCCCCGAGGGGAUGUCUGCCUGAGGGAUGGUGUAGCUGGUGGUCCUGAGAACUGCCUCACCAGCCUGACUCAGGACCGAGGAGGGGAUGGUGCGCCACGCGGCUGGAAGCUGUGGUCCUUGUGGGGCGAGUGCACGCGGGACUGCGGGGGUGGCCUGCAGACGAGGACCCGCACCUGCCUGCCCGCCCCUGGCAUCGAAGGAGGCGGCUGCGAGGGGGUACUGGAGGAGGGUCGCCUGUGCAACCGCAAGGCCUGCAGCCCGGCCGGGCGCCCCAACUCCAGGAGCCAGUCCCUGCGGUCCACGGAUGCCCGGCGGCGCGACGAGCUGGGGGAUGAGCUGCAGCAGUUCGGGUUCCCAGCGCCGCAGACAGGCGACCCCGCCGCCGAGGAGUGGUCGCCGUGGAGCGUGUGCUCCAGCACCUGCGGUGAGGGCUGGCAGACCCGCACGCGCUUCUGCGUGUCCUCCUCCUACAGCACGCAGUGCAGCGGGCCCCUGCGCGAGCAGCGGCUGUGCAACACCUCGGCCGUGUGUCCAGUGCACGGUGCCUGGGAUGAGUGGUCUCCCUGGAGCCUCUGCUCCAGCACCUGCGGCCGUGGCUUCCGGGACCGCACGCGCACCUGCAGGCCUCCCCAGUUUGGAGGCAACCCCUGUGAGGGUCCUGAGAAGCAAACCAAGUUCUGCAAUAUCGCCCUGUGCCCUGGCCGGGCAGUGGAUGGAAACUGGAAUGAGUGGUCCAGCUGGAGCGCGUGCUCCGCCAGCUGUGCCCAGGGCCGGCAGCAGCGCACGCGUGAGUGCAAUGGGCCUUCGUACGGGGGCGCCGAGUGCCAGGGCCACUGGGUAGAGACUCGAGACUGCUUCCUGCAGCAGUGCCCAGUGGAUGGGAAGUGGCAGGCCUGGGUGUCGUGGGGUGCCUGCAGUGCCACGUGUGGGGGCGGCACACAGCGGCGGGAGCGUGUCUGCUCAGGGCCCUUCUUCGGGGGAGCAGCGUGCCAGGGCCCACAGGAUGAGUACCGGCAGUGCAGCGCCCAGCGAUGUCCCGAACCCCAUGAGAUCUGUGAUGAGGACAGCUUUGGUGCCGUGAUCUGGAAGGAGACUCCAGCUGGAGAGGUGGCUGCAGUCCGAUGUCCCCGCAACGCCACAGGCCUCAUCCUGCGACGCUGUGAGCUGGAUGAGGAAGGCAUCGCCUACUGGGAGCCCCCCACCUACAUCCGCUGCAUCUCCAUCGACUACCGAAACAUCCAGAUGAUGACCCGGGAGCACCUGGCGAAGGCUCAGCGUGGGCUGCCUGGGGAGGGGGUCUCCGAGGUCAUCCAGACACUGGUGGAGAUCUCCCAGGAUGGGACCAGCUACAGUGGGGACCUUCUCUCCACCAUCGAUGUCCUGAGGAACAUGACCGAGAUCUUCCGGAGAGCGUACUACAGCCCCACCCCCGGGGACGUGCAGAACUUUGUCCAGAUCAUCAGCAACCUGCUGGCUGAGGAGAACCGGGACAAGUGGGAGGAGGCCCAGCUGAUGGGCCCCAACGCCAAGGAACUAUUCAGGCUGGUGGAGGACUUUGUGGACGUCAUUGGCUUCCGCAUGAAGGACUUGCGGGACGCGUACCAGGUGACAGACAACCUGGUCCUCAGCAUCCACAAGCUCCCAGCCAGUGGAGCCACAGACAUCAGCUUCCCCAUGAAGGGCUGGAGGGCCACAGGCGACUGGGCCAAGGUGCCAGAGGACAGGGUCACUGUGUCCAAGAGUGUCUUCUCCACAGGGCUGGCAGAGGCUGACGACUCGUCUGUGUUUGUGGUUGGCACUGUGCUCUACCGAAACCUGGGCAGCUUCCUGGCCCUGCAGAGGAACACGACUGUCCUGAACUCCAAGGUCAUCUCAGUGACCGUGAAGCCCCCACCUCGCUCCCUGCUCACACCCUUGGAGAUAGAGUUUGCCCACGUGUACAAUGGCACUACCAACCAGACCUGCAUCCUGUGGGAUGAGCCUGACGUGAGGAGAGUAGAGGCAGUGUCCAUGCUGGAUCCUGAGAAGCAGAGCUGGGAUUUGAACCCAGGACUGACUGGCCAGAGUCCUGCCCUGAAGAACAGCCACAUGGCCAACAUCGUGGACAAGCCGGUCGCUAGCAAGAGGCCCUCCUCCCCCGCGCCCCCGCAGCUCGGGCCCUGGUCGUGGCGCGGCUGCCGCACGGUGCCCCUCGACGCCCUCCGGACGCGCUGCCUCUGUGACCGGCUCUCCACCUUCGCCAUCUUAGCCCAGCUCAGCGCCGACGCGAACAUGGAGAAGGCGGCCGUGCCGUCGGUGACGCUCAUCGUGGGCUGCGGCGUGUCCUCCUCCACCCUGCUGAUGCUCAUCAUUGUCUAUGUCUCCGUGUGGAGGUACAUCCGCUCAGAGCGCUCUGUCAUCCUCAUCAACUUCUGCCUGUCCAUCAUCUCCUCCAAUGCGCUCAUCCUCAUUGGACAGACCCAGACUCGCAAUAAGGUGGUGUGCACGCUGGUGGCCGCCUUCCUGCACUUCUUCUUCCUGUCAUCCUUCUGCUGGGUGCUUACCGAGGCCUGGCAGUCCUACAUGGCCGUGACAGGCCGCCUCCGGAGCCGCCUCAUCCGAAAGCGCUUCCUCUGCCUGGGCUGGGGGCUCCCUGCACUGGUCGUGGCCAUUUCCGUGGGAUUCACCAAGGCCAGAGGGUACAGCACCAUGAACUACUGCUGGCUGUCCCUGGAGGGGGGACUGCUGUACGCCUUCGUGGGACCUGCCGCCGCUGUAGUGCUGGUGAACAUGGUCAUCGGGAUCCUGGUGUUCAACAAGCUGGUCUCCAAGGACGGCAUCACAGACAAGAAGCUGAAGGAGCGGGCAGGCCAGCUGCCCCAGGCCCCCCUCGGGCGCGCCCUCACGUGUGCCGAGUGUGGAGCCCUCUCUGCGGCCGCCGCCUCUGAAGCCACCAGUAAUGCCAUGGCCUCGCUGUGGAGCUCCUGUGUGGUCCUGCCGCUGCUGGCCCUGACCUGGAUGUCGGCUGUGCUUGCUGUCACCGACCGCCGCUCGGCCCUCUUCCAGAUCCUCUUCGCCGUCUUUGACUCACUGGAGGGCUUCGUCAUAGUGAUGGUGCACUGCAUCCUGCGGAGAGAGGUCCAGGAUGCCGUGAAGUGCCGCGUGGUGGACCGCCAGGAGGAGGGCAACGGGGACUCAGGGGGCUCCUUCCAGAAUGGCCACGCCCAGCUCAUGACCGACUUUGAGAAGGACGUAGAUCUGGCCUGUAGAUCAGCCCACACCAUGAGGCUGGGUCGGGCCCUCCUGGACCGCGGGGAUGCUGCCCAGGAGUGGGCAGAGCGGGCUGAUGUGGGCCCUGGGCCCGCCGUGCCCUCCGCUUGCACCAGCCACAUCCGUGCCUCCCCUGGGUCUGCAGACAGGGCGUGUAGGGCACGAGCGGAGGAGGCCUCUGGAGAAGUGUCCCGGAGCCUGGGCCCAGCAGGUGCGAGGGGCUCCCAGCACUGGCGCAGUUCUUGGUGCCGGAGGGAACCUCCUGGGACUCCCUGCCCCGCAGCCCCGGGCCCUCUGCACCCCCACGUGCCCCCAGGUGAGGAGCACAGCGCUGCCGGCCCUCAGCACCCACAGAACUGGCCUUCGCUCUCCCCACUCCUCGUAGGGGAGGUGAUGCGAGAGGGCCAGAGCUGCCAGCCCUGUCCCCCCUCCACCCCCACGCACCCCGCCUGGCUCCCCUCAAGGGCCUGUGUUCCGUGUCACCUUCAUUUCUUCAUCGUUGGUCCAGCCAUGGAGGAGGGGCAGGUCGGACUUUCAGAUGCGGGGAGUGGGAGUGGGAGCAGGACGGAGGCAGGGAGGGAAACCCGCCCCUAAGCCCCUGACCAGCACUGAGCUUCCUGGACUCAAAGGCAGAAAGGGAAUCAGUUGCCCAAUAAAAGGCCCCCCAGAGGUCCUGUCUCUGCAAGCCAGGUGUCUAGGGCCGUAACAGGCAGACUGUUUCUGGGCUGUGGGGGACCAGCCCGUCUCACCCCUCUUGACUGUCAGAUAUUUGAGGAGUACCUUCUUGGGAGAUAGCCAUGGCGGAGGCCCUGGGACACCCCCAGAUUGGGACUGUCCCCAGCUACCAGGUAGACCCAGGAGGGCUUGCUGGAGGAGGUAGCCUCUGAGCUGGGCUAAAUGAGAGCUCAACAGAAUGUCCUUCCUUCCUUCUCUUAGCCUCCCUGAGAGGUGACCUCAGGGGCCUCUGGAGGCUGGGCCCAGUCCCAUUUGGGCAGUACUGGUGUCUCAGCCUCCAGUUUCUUCCAUAUUACUAAGAUGGCUCAUCCUAGCUUGGUAUGCAGAGGAGCAGGGAUGUGCCCAGGCAGGCACGGGUGGGGUGGACAUCCCAGCAAGAGGCCUGGCAGCCUAGAAGUUUGGAUUUUGUGCAGAGUACACGGGAGGCCUGCAGUGCUGUCCCUAGGGCUGGGCCCUGGCUCUGAGGUGAACAGGGGGACCUCCGUGGGAGGGACGAACCUGGAGAGGUGGGGAGGGAGGAGGCCUUUCUUGACCCUGGGACGGUGAAGGCUUGGCCCAGGAGAUGGCAGGUCCCCUGCUGAGCCAUACAGGGCACAGGGCUGCAGUCGUGGGUGCAGUGUUGGCAUCUGGAGGGCAGAGAAGAGAAGGGGUCCAGGGCUGGGGCCUGAGGAACCCCCGUCAGGAGGGGGCCAGAGGUCUGAGGGCGGCCUUCAGCCUGGGC